AUAAUUUAUGUAAUAUGGCAAAGUUGCAUGUUCGUAAUUUCUAAACAGAUAAAGAAACAGCGUCAAACAAGAUGUUGUAAAUCGUGAUUCUCAACAAUGUUUGAUGUUUCAAUAAAAUUGGAAAAAUGCUUUCGAAAAAAAGCUCUAUCAUUGACUUUCUAAAAAAAAAAAACCAAAAAGGAAAUGCCACAUCAAUUCGCGUGUCGAGCGAACAUCGUACAGUGGUAUUUCUGCCUUGUUCCUUUGGUCUUUUCAAGACUACUGAGGCCCUAAGUUCCUGAAUAAAGUUUCGUAUCCUGCGGAACGCCUUUAUAUCCGUCUUAUGUAGUCGCUUGGUAGUCGAUACGACAGUCGAGAUUCCUCGCGACGCGAAGAGCAGCAGCAGCAUGAUAAGAAACAGACGGAAUAAAGAGGGAUAAAAAGUAUCGAAAGAAGAUAGAGGAGAUCUCGUGGAAUGUCGAGCUGGAUGUUCGUCGCUCUACCUCCUUCCUCCCCCUCUCUAUUUCGUUCCUCUUUUCCGUCUCCUUACUGAUCCUGUGGUUUUCCGAUCUUUUUGUAUCCUCUAUCCUCUCUUUGAAUAGAGAGAAGGAAAGAGAAAAAACUGGAGAGGGAAGGAGGGGAGAUGAAGAGAAGAAACGAUGGAAUGAACGACAUAGAAAAGAGCGAGAUAGUGGAAGAGAGAAUAGCUCUUGAAACCAGUUCGAUCUAUAACAGACCCUUUGCAUCGGAUGUACGAAAAACGAAUACGCUCUAGCUAGUCCAUCGGCCAUGAGUUAUAGACGAAUCGAGCUGCGAGAUUCGAAACAACUGGCUAGCUUUAUUGAGGCACGUACUACAUCAACUAACCCACAGAAUUGACCGAAUCUUGCACAGAGGAUUUCUGAUGAAGGACGGAAAUUUUUCGCUGUCAGGGAACCAUCCAGUUGCUGAAGUUGCAAGCGUUCUUUCCGAACUCUCGCGCAACUUUCGUGAAAAUUGGCUCCUGUCGUGGACCAUGUUAUCUACUCUCUUCAGAACGAGAUUGGAAUGCUUACAAGUUACACCGAAAGAUUGGAGUAGUUGCGACAGAUACGUUUGUCGUGCCAAUUUAGUGAGUCGGUUUCCUCGCCACGGAACUCAACUACUUGUCGGUGUAUUACACGAGCAUACAGCUGCAACGAGCAGCAAACAAAGUACUCGCUGCAGUAAUCCUGACCCACAUAGCACUCGAAGCGGCCCUUUAAGGGAAAAUGCAAACAACGCGAAGCAGCGGUCUUUGGUCUGCCGUACAAGUCUGGUCUUAAGUGGUCAUAAAAUCAUGAAAAAACUAUUGCGUGAUAUCUCAAGUUCCUCAAAGUAUAGCUCGUGCAAACUUUUCUGUAAAGAAGUUCCCUUGUAACUUUCCAAAGAUAGUCCUUGCAAUUAGACGAUAAAGAAGUGCAUAAAAAAAUUAAAACACACACACACACACACACACACAUUA